UCUUAAACAGAUUGUUACAACUUUCCACGUGACCGUCCAAGACGCUGAUAACAUCCUUGUCUUUUUGGAAGCGUCAGAUCUCGUCGGUUCGGCAUCUGUGUAUGUUGUGAAGAUAACUGGUGAAUCCAAAAAUUACUUCUUUGAAUUUGAGGAAUUCAACAGCACUUUGCCUCCUCCUGUUAUCUUUAAAGCCAAUUAUCACGGCCUAUAUUAUAUAAUCACUCUGGUCGUGGUAAAUGGGAAUGUGGUUACCAAGCCAUCCAGAUCAAUCACUGUGUUAACAAAACCUUUACCUGUAACCAGUGUUGCAAUAUAUGACUAUAAGCCUUCUCCUGAAACAGGAGUACUAUUUGAAAUCCAUUAUCCAGAAAAAUACAACGUUUUCACUAGAGUAAACAUAAGCUACUGGGAAGGGAAAGACUUCCGGACAAUGCUGUACAAAGAUUUCUUUAAGGGAAAAACAGUAUUUAACCACUGGCUGCCAGGAAUAUGUUAUAGUAACAUUACCUUUCAGCUGGUGUCUGAGGCAACUUUUAAUAAAACUACCCUUGUGGAGUAUAGUGGUGUCAGUCAUGAACCCAAACAGCAUCGAACUGCCCCCUAUCCACCUCGAAAUAUUUCUGUUCGUUUUGUAAACUUGAACAAAAACAACUGGGAAGAACAGAGUGGCAGCUUCCCAGAAGAAACAUUCCUAAAAUCACAAGAUUCAGCAGGAAAAGACAAACUCUUCCAUUUCACAGAUGAAACUCCUGAGAUUCCCUCCAGCAACAUUUCUUCAAGUUGGUCUGAUUUUAACAGCAGUGACUAUGAAGCCACAUCUCAGCCCUCUUGGUGGGACAGUGCAACUGCAGCUCCUGAAAAUGAAGAUGAAUUUGUCAGCGUACUUCCCACAAAAUAUGAAAAUAACACUCCACUCAGUGGGACAGAGAAGUCACCAUCAGACUCUUUCUCUUUCUUCCCCGUGCAGAUGAUAUUGAGCUGGUUACCACCAAAGCCACCUACAGCCUUCGAUGGGUUCAAUAUUCAUGUAGAAAGAGAAGAGAACGUUACUGAAUAUUUGAUGGUGGAUGAAGAAACACAUGAAUUUGUUGCAGAACUGAAGGAGCCUGGGAAAUACAAGUUAUCUGUGGCAACCUUUAGUUCCUCAGGAUCUUGUGAAACUCGAAAAAGUCAGGCAGCAAAAUCACUCAGCUUUUAUCUCAGUCCUACAGGAGAGUGGAUUGAAGAACUGACUGAGAAGCCCCAGCAUGUCAGCGUCCAUGUUUUAAGCUCAACCACUGCCUUGAUGUCCUGGACAUCUUCCCAAGAGAACCACAACAGCACCAUUGUGUCUGUGGUGUCCCUGACCUGCCAGAAGCAAAAGGAGAGUCAGAGGCUGGAGAAGCAGUACUGCACCCAGGUGAACUCAAGCAAACCGAUGAUUGAAAAUCUGGUUCCCGGUGCCCAGUACCAGGUUGUGAUAUAUCUAAGAAAAGGCCCUUUGAUUGGGCCACCUUCAGAUCCUGUGACAUUUGCCAUUGUUCCUACUGGAAUAAAAGAUUUGAUGCUCUAUCCCUUGGGGCCGACUGCAGUGGUCCUGAGUUGGACCAGACCUUACUUAGGAGUUUUCAGGAAAUACGUGGUUGAAAUGUUUUACUUCAAUCCUGUGACAAUGACCUCAGAGUGGACAACCUACUAUGAAAUAGCAGCUACCGUCUCCCUGACUGCUUCAGUGAGAAUAGCUAAUUUGUUACCAGCAUGGUAUUACAACUUUCGAGUGACCAUGGUGACAUGGGGAGAUCCAGAAUUGAGCUGCUGUGACAGUUCCACCAUCAGCUUCAUAACAGCCCCAGUGGCUCCAGAAAUCACUUCCGUGGAAUAUUUCAACAGUCUGUUGUACAUCAGCUGGACAUAUGGGGAUGACACAACUGACCUGUCCCAUUCCAGAAUGCUGCACUGGAUGGUUGUCGCAGAAGGAAGGAAGAAAAUUAAAAAGAGCGUGACACGCAAUGUCAUGACUGCAAUUCUCAGCUUGCCUCCUGGGGACAUCUACAACCUCUCAGUCACUGCUUGCACUGAAAGAGGAAGUAACACCUCCCUGCUCCACCUCGUCAAGCUAGAACCAGCUCCUCCCAAAUCACUCUUUGCAGUGAACAAAACGCAGACGUCGGUGACUUUGCUGUGGGUGGAGGAUGGCAUAGCUGAUUUUUUCGAAGUCUUUUGUCAGCAGGUUGGCUCUCGUCGGGAAACCAAACUCCAGGAACCAAUUGCGGUUUCUUCUCAUGUCGUGACCAUCUCCAGCCUCCUUCCUGCCACAGCCUACAACUGUAGCGUCACCAGCUUCAGCCAUGACAGCCCCAGCAUUCCCACAUUCAUAGCUGUCUCGACAAUGGUUACAGAGAUGAAUCCUAAUGUGGUGGUAAUCUCAGUGCUGGCCAUCCUCAGCACACUUUUAAUUGGACUUCUGCUUGUUACCCUUGUCAUUCUUAGGAGAAAGCAUCUCCAAAUGGCUAGGGAGUGCGGAGCAGGGACCUUUGUCAAUUUUGCCUCCUUGGAGCGGGAUGGAAAACUUCCCUAUAAUUGGCGUAGGAGUCUAUUUGCUUUCUUAACCCUGCUACCUUCAUGUCUUUGGACUGAUUAUCUUUUGGCAUUUUAUAUUAAUCCUUGGAGUAAAAAUGGUUUAAAGAAGAGGAAACUGACUAACCCAGUUCAACUGGAUGACUUUGAUUCCUACAUCAAGGACAUGGCCAAAGACUCUGACUAUAAAUUUUCUCUUCAAUUUGAGGAGUUGAAAUUGAUUGGAUUGGAUAUUCCACACUUUGCUGCCGAUCUCCCACUGAACCGAUGUAAAAACCGUUACACAAACAUCCUACCAUAUGACUUUAGCCGAGUGAGACUAGUCUCUAUGAAUGAAGAGGAGGGUACAGACUACAUCAAUGCCAACUACAUUCCUGGGUACAACUCACCUCAGGAGUACAUCGCCACCCAGGGCCCACUGCCUGAAACCAGAAAUGACUUCUGGAAGAUGGUCCUACAACAGAAGUCUCAGAUUAUUGUCAUGCUCACUCAGUGCAAUGAGAAAAGGAGGGUGAAAUGUGACCAUUACUGGCCAUUCACAGAAGAACCUACAGCUUAUGGAGACAUCACCGUGGAGAUGAUCUCAGAGGAAGAGCAGGAUGACUGGGCCUGGGCCUGUAGACACUUUCGGAUCAGUUAUGCUGACGAGAUGCAGGAUGUGAUGCAUUUUAACUACACUGCAUGGCCCGAUCAUGGUGUUCCUCCAGCAAAUGCAGCAGAAAGUAUCCUACAGUUUGUACACAUGGUCCGACAGCAGGCCACCAGGAGCAAAGGCCCAAUGAUCAUUCACUGCAGUGCGGGCGUGGGACGGACAGGAACCUUCAUUGCUUUGGACAGACUCUUGCAGCACAUUCGGGAUCACGAAUUUGUGGACAUCUUAGGGCUGGUGUCAGAAAUGAGGUCAUACCGGAUGUCCAUGGUACAGACAGAGGAGCAGUACAUUUUUAUCCAUCAGUGUGUUCAGCUGAUGUGGAUGAAGAAGAAGCAGCAGUUCUGCAUCAGUGACGUCAUAUACGAGAACGUUAGCAAGUCCUAGUUCUGAAUCUGGAGCAGAGAGGAUGUGAUAUGCACCCAUCCUACCUUGCUUCCAGAUGUUUUUGAGGAGAUGCCAGUUAUUUUGCUAAAAUGAGCCCUUGCUCUGUAUUAUGUGGCCAAGGAGGUAAUUUAUCUCAUAGGAGCACUGGGGAUCCUUAGCCUUAAAGAGCCUGCAGUGUCUUUUGGACUCUUUCACUUCUGGACAUUUGAUGGACCAAAUUCAACAGAACACCAGAAAGGUCUGCAAAGGGUAGGAAGUACAAGACUUCGAAGACUAUAGUUGGCCCUUUGCUGGUUGGGCUGAGUUGUUUUUUUUUUUUUUUAAGUGCAAUAAUUUUUGUAUGUGUAAGAUUUUAUCAGAAAGUUGAAUCAUUCUCUACCCACACUAUUAAUCAACUCCACAGCCCAGGAAAGAACAGGCAUUGUUAACAUUAAAUUAUACCUCAUUAUUUAAGAGGCAUGGCCACACACAAGGAAAUAGUAAUUCUACUUCCAAGAUCUAUACUCCAACCUUGAAAAUAUGGGAUCAGGAAUGGGGUGGGUAGAUAGGGAAGAGAGAGAGGUUCUCUCUCUCUCUUGACCCCACAGAUUAAGCACGUGUCUUUUCCUAUUCCAAAUAUGAAAACCUGUACUUCAACUUCAAAAUAGAGUAGAAAAAAUAUUUGUCUUAAUUGUUCUAGUUCUUGAUGGUUUUAUUGCUUAUUAACAGUUGAGUGCUUUUUCCUUGGCCCUUUUGGACUAAUGUCACUGUCCAGAUUCCUUUUCAAGAACCUAGAUCUAGUUCAGAACAGUUUCAAAUCUGACUCUAAAUGCUGUUGCUGUCUGAGCAAUCUUGGUGCCUACACUUUACAUUUCUUUUUCUGUUGACCUGCAUACACGUAAGAGCUGUUUCUCAGAACCAUCAGCUGUGAAAACGCACUUUCCUCCCCCUGCCCCCAAAGAGCUGGGAAUUUAUGACGUCAUGGCAAUGAAUUUCGGCAUGCUAGGACAAUUGUUUGACUACAUCCUUUUGUAACACUGUCAAGUGUCUCUAUGGAUUCCGACAGAGAUUUCUUUGUUUUAUUUUGCGUUGUCAGUUUCAUUUUAACCUGUGUAACUAGUGGCAUUUUAUUCUUUGGAUUUUGUAUAAUUACAGUACAUGACUGUGUAUUGUGACAUGAAUACUGUCAAAAUGGACAUUGAUGGCAUUGUGAAAACUGUUACUUUGUGCCAUUUCCUGAAAAGUAAGAGGUGAUGGUAAGGACAUACAAAGGAAAACAUUCUGAGUUGAAAGUAAACAAGCUGGCUGCUUCACUGUGGCAAUGUGGCUAUGUGAGUCUGCCUGUGUGUGCCCCCAGGAGGCUUCACGCCUCUCCCUGUGUCUGAUCCUGCCCCUUCCCCUGGCUUCUAUCCCUGCCAAAUCAGCUUCAUGAAACCAUGUAUGUAGGAUCUAGGAUCAGCUUAAUAUUUCAGCCAUGACCUCAGUGAAGGUAAAGGAUACCAAAUGAACAGCUUUGCACCCCACUGACUCUUGUCACUGAGAAGGUUUGGCCACAGUCGACCUUGGCAAAGGUGCUUGCAAGAUCUAGCCAGCAAGUCUCACUUUCACAUUGCAGGGAGAACAACAGAGGAUCUGCACCCCACAGUUUAACAGCUUGGGCUCCUCAGGAAUUGUCAGUUUUUAUUUACCUCCUUUGCUCUGUUUCUUGAUUCCCUCUGCCUCUUCUCACCCUACUCCUUUAAUUCUCUCUUGGACAUUUUAAUAACACAUCAUGGCAGUCUCAGGAACAACAAAAGUAAAGAAAGGUGGCAAGUUUAUGUAUGACAUUCUUAGAUUCUCGCACAUAGACAGGUCAGGAGUGAAAUGUGUGACAUUGGAAGAGCUGGAGUGAUGAGUGGGUAAGCUGACAUAUAUUUCCCACACUGCCACAAAGAUUCUUGCAGAUUUGUGACUUGGAACAUGACUUCCUGUGAAACAAAGCACUUCUUAAAUAUUUCAUGUUUUUCUUGGCCACCCCUCACAAUAGGGAUCAAAUAAUGCCAGAUCAAUUUCUCCAAAAGAGAAAAGGAGUCUAGACAAAGACUCAGAGUUGAGCCCACAGGAAGGUCACAAAGAAGCAUGUCCCUAAAUUGUCAUUCAUGGUCUCUUCUGUCAUCACUCUGUAGAGUCCCUGGUGGGAAAGGCAUCCAUCUAGCAAAAGGCAUGGAUUCUAAUUCUGACAAUGACUUCGGAACUUAUCUCUGCUGAGUUUCAGUUAAUAAACUGUGGAAUGACCUGGGAAUAACAUCAUAUUUUGUAGGUGUAAGGAGUAUCCAAUAUGAUAAUUCAUCCAAAGGUGCUUUGUAUCUUGUUCUCUCAUGAACCCUAAAGCCACUCUAAUCAGCUCUGUUUCCACCCCGGGAACCAACUUUAGCAUUCAGGAGAGACGAUUCCAGGGAGUCUGAAUUAUUAAUUAGGUUUUAAAAAAAUCAUUUGAAUAGUGCUUUGUACUGAAUGAGCAGAGAAGCACUACCACAUGCAUUUCAUAAUAGCCUGUAUGACACCAGAAAGCACCAAAGACUGUAGAAUUACAAAAUGUUUGUCUUCUAGUGUAUACUUUUGACAUCAAAUAA